AUGUCAGACAUCCGGACACAGAGUCUGCAGAAGCCCGUGACAGUGGCUGAGUAUCUCUUUAGAAGAUUGCAUCAAAUCGGCAUCCGCUCAGUCCACGGCCUGCCAGGAGACUUCAACCUGGUUGCUCUCGACUACGUUCCUAAAGCCGGGUUGAAAUGGGUUGGUAGCGUGAACGAGCUCAACGCUGCCUAUGCCGCCGACGGCUACGCCCGUGCCAAGGGUAUCUCUGCCCUUGUAACCACAUUCGGUGUUGGCGAACUAUCCGCCAUCAACGGUGUUGCCGGUGCUUACUCUGAGCAUGUCCCUAUCGUCCAUAUCGUCGGCUGCCCUUCGACCAUCUCCCAGCGCAAUGGCAUGCUUCUACACCAUACCCUCGGUAACGGUGACUUCCACGUUUUUGCCAAUAUGAGCGAAAAUAUCUCUUGCGACGUUGCCAAGCUAGUUAAACCUAGUGAGAUCGCCUACCAGAUUGACCAUGCGAUCCGGGAGUGCUGGAUCCGCAGCCGGCCCGUGUACAUUUGGCUACCUACCGACAUGGUUGAGAAGAAGAUCGAGGGCGCUAGAUUGGACACAGAGAUUGAUCUCUCCGAGCCGGAGAAUGAUCCCGACAGAGAGGACUAUGUCGUCGAUGUGGUCCUCAGAUACCUCCAUGGAGCCAAGAAUCCGGUGGUCCUGGUCGACGCAUGCGCAAUCCGCCAUAGGGUUACUGAAGAAGUCAAACGGUUCAUUGACAAGACCAAGCUUCCGGUGUUUGUUACACCCAUGGGCAAGGGUGCCUUCGAUGAAACGUCCGAGCACUACGGUGGUGUCUAUGCUGGCACCGGCUCUCUUCCCGAAGUUGCUAAGCGCGUUGAGGGUUCUGAUUUGGUUUUGUCCAUUGGCGCGAUCAAAAGUGACUUCAACACUGCUGGCUUCUCGUAUCACACCUCACAACUGAAUACCAUCGAUUUGCAUAGCGACCAUUGCACUGUGCGCUACUCCGAGUAUCCUGGCGUUGCAAUGAGGGGUGUGCUCCGGAAGGUCACUGAGCGCAUCGACAUGUCCAAGCUCUCGAUAACCCCUUCUCCCCCGGUCGAGAAUGCUGUAGCUGAGAACAGGGAUGACUCGCAGGCCAUCACUCAGGCGUGGUUCUGGCCAAGAGUAGGCGAGUACUUCCAGGAAGGAGAUGUCGUUGUUACCGAAACGGGCACAGCCAACUUCGGCAUCUGGGAAAGCAGAUUCCCCAAGGGCGUCAUGGGGGUGACGCAGGUACUAUGGGGAAGUAUCGGCUGGUCGGUAGGCGCUGCCCAGGGCGCGGCACUGGCAGUGAAGGAUCUUGAACAAGAUAGGCGAACAAUCUUGUUCGUGGGUGAUGGUAGUUUUCAACUGACUUGCCAGGAAGUCAACACGAUGCUGAAACAUAACUUGAGGGUCACCAUCUUCCUCAUCUACAACGAAGGCUACACUAUCGAACGUUACAUCCAUGGCAUGGACGCGGAUUACAACGAUAUCACCCGCUGGAACUAUACCGAUAUCCCCGCGGUCUUUGGCGCCAAGGAAGGCCAGUCUCAGAAGUUCGUCAUCAAGACAAAGGAUGAGUUGGAGAGGCUCCUCAAAGACAAAGAUUUCAACGAGUAUAAAGGCCUGCAGUUUGUAGAGUUGUGGAUGCCAAAGGAUGAUGCGCCGCGGGCGUUGAAGCUCACGGCCGAAAUUUCGGCGAGGAACAACUCUAGGAUUGAGGAUGAGCAGUGA